ACAUGUUCAAGCGGCAAGCUCGUGUUGGAAUUGGAAAGGCAACGUCUGCUUCCGCUGCCAACUACCUGCAACAACUUCCUCGCCAUUUCCUUCUCCCGCGUAACCACCCUUCGUCCAAUGAACUUAACUGCUCGCCGGAGCCAACUACGCGCCAGUGGAACUACGAUCUCAAAGUCCAUAUCGAUGCCGGCGACUUCCGCGCCGCUCUCUCCCUCUUCUCCGCCAUGCGCCAUCAAGGCAGCGCUAACCUCGACCAUUACACGCUUCCCCUCCUCAACCGGACCACGGCGAAUCGGAUUGAGCUCGGAGAAGCCUUCCAUUCCCUCGCUAUCAGGAUUGGCCUCGCAGGUGAUGUCUAUUUCUGCAACACCAUGGUGGAGGCGUACGCUAGGAAUGGCCGAGUCCCCUCGGCCCGACGGCUGUUCGAAGAAAUGCCUCUUAGGGAUGUGGUAACUUGGACGUCCUUGUUAUCCGGUUAUGUUAGCGCGGGAGACUCUCCCGAGGCAUUCCACUUGUUCUGCCAAAUGCGAGGGGAUGGUCUUGAGGUGAAUCAAGUCACAAUGGCGGUCUUGCUUCGAGCAUGCUGUGGUUCCGAACACAAGGUCGCAGGGUGCCAACUACAAGCGUUUGCGACCAAGGCAGGCCUCCAAAGCCAUGACUUGGUUCAAAAUUCAAUUUUGAGCAUGUUCAGUAGAUUGGCUUGCUUCGAAGAGGUCAUGAAGCUCUUUGUCAGCAUCCGAAACAGGAGCAUUGCCUCUUGGAAUAUCCUCCUAUCAUCCUACUCUUUCAUGGGGGAUGUUUCCGGUGUAGUCGAGUGCUAUAGGAAGAUGAGACUAGAGGUGACUCCUAGCAAUGAGACUCUGACUUUGCUCAUCUCUGCAUUCGCCAAGUGCGAGCAUCUCCCUGGUGGAAGAGAGGUGCAUUGCAAUGCCAUAAAAACUGGACAGAUUGACUCAGUUCUGCGUGCCACUCUCGUCGAUUUCUAUAUUAAAUGUGGUGAACUGAAAUCAGCAGUCAUUUUGCAUGAUGAAUGCCAAUUGAAGAGCAGCACCAUAUGGAGCAUCAUGAUGUGGGGCCUUAUUCAGAAUGGUGAGUUCUUGGAAGCUGUCAACGUGUUUGAAAGAAUGCAAAAGUCUGUAAUUAAGCCUUGUAAGGAUGUUCUAAGGGCCUUAGUUGUCGCAUAUACUAACUUGGGAGCUUUGCUGUUGGGUAGAGGACUUCAUGGGUACAUGACAAGGAAUUGUUGCGAAGCUACCUUAGGUGAUACACUUCUUCAGACCUCUUUGGUUAACAUUUAUGCAAAGUGUGGAAGCAUUCUCUCAGCACGCAAGUGUUUCGAUAAAAUAGUCAUAAAAGAUACCAUAGCAUGGACUUCAAUGCUGGAAGGAUAUGCUAUUCAUGGACUUGGCUUAGAGGCUUUGGAGUUAUUCUACCAGAUGCAAAAGGAAGGUAUCAGGCCAAACAGCAUCACCUUUCUAAUUUUGUUGUCUGCCUGCAGCCAUUCGGGGCUUGUAAGAGAAGGUUGUGCGCUGUUCAACUGCAUGGAGAACGAAUUCGGAAUUGAGCCCAACGUAAGCCAUUAUACCUGCUUGGUCGACUUGCUUGGCCGAUCUGGGAAGCUUCACGAAGCGCUUGACGUGAUAAACAAUAUGAGUGUUGAGCCUGAUGCUAGAAUUUGGGGUGCACUUCUUGCAUCUUGCAGGACACAGUCAGAUGUUGUUCUUGGGGACUUUGCAGCUAAGAAAGUAUUUGAACUAGAACCGGAUAAUGUGGGCUAUCAGGUUGUGUUGAGCAAUAUCUUUGCAAGUGAUGGGAUGUGGGAAGAAACUGAAUCAUCAAGGAAUCCGAAGGGUGAAAACAAUUUCAGAAAGAAACCAGGCUGGAGCAGCAUUCAAGUAAAAUGUGGCUUGACUAUGUUUGUUUCAUGGGACAAAUCACAUUCUCAGUUAAACAAAAUCUAUGAGAUCAUUGAAGUUUUGAGGAGACACAGUGAAGAACUAUGAGAGUCAGUUGGCAUUCUAUAACUUCAUUUUAUUUAUGAGGAGAUCUCAAGGAGUUAAAAAAGAUAUAAGUCUUUCUUUUGGAUCGAGCUAAGCAUGCCUACUAUUUUGAUGGCACGAGAUGUUUCUGAUGCAAGGAACUCAGAACAAAGACGAUUAUAUUGUUUGUCAAGCAGCUAAAAUGAUGUCGAUGCGAGAAGGGAACACAUUGUUCUUGUGCAAGUGCAAUAAAGUCACACUAUUCCACUAAAUUAACUUGCGCAAUUACUGUAACAUAAUACUAUGUUUUAGCAAAAAUAUGAUUUUAUUGUC